UUGCAAUGCACUAUUGCUUUCUGUUUCAGGAGUCUCUCCAAGCCGGCCAUAGCGGAGCCAAGAAGAAAGUGACAAGUACGCUUCCUUCUCCAUUUUCCAAGUCCACCACCCCUGCCUUCCAUCUCAACUCGGUUUCUUCCCUUUUCAACUUCUUAUAUUGCAGUUUCUCUCCAGACACCCUGUCCUCAAAUUUCCCUUCCCUUUUUGGUAGCCACCAAAAUCCUCCAUGUUCAUAUUUUGCAAAUCCUAUCUUCAUCACUUCGCAAUCUUCUUCCUCUUCAUAGUUGUCAAAUUUCUCUCAAUUUCAGUCUCUGGCUACACCUUCUUCCCAGCUGAUUACAUUCUUGUUGACUGUGGUGCCUCUGGCAACUCAACAAGCCUUGAUGGCCGACAGUGGACAGGAGAUGUUGGGUCAAAAUUUAUUUCCUUAAAUGAUUCAAUUGAUACAAGCUCAUCCUCUAAAGCCCUUGAUCUACCCACAUCUGCUUACCCUGUCCCGUACAGGACUGUUAGAAUUUUUCAUUCUCAAUUGAUAUACGCUUUUCAUGUUAGUUCAGGCCAGAAAUUUAUACGCUUGUACUUCAACCCCACUUCAGUCCAGGAGCUCAAUAGGUCUAAGGCCUUUUUCAAUGUUACAACUGGUCCCUUCACCCUCCUUAGUAACUUCAGCCUUUCCUCUUUCGCUGAUUCCUUUGUUAAAGAAUUCUGCAUAAACAUAGGAGAGAAUCAGGUUUUGAAUGUAACUUUUAGUCCUGACACUUCAAAUGGUGCAUAUGGGAUUAUCAGUGGAAUAGAGAUUGUGUCCAUGCCUACUAGUCUUUAUUAUACUGGAACAGGACAUAACAUCGGUCGCUAUCUUCAGAACCACACAGCUCUUGAGAUGAUUCACCGAUUAAAUGUAGGCAGAAGCUCCAUAUUACCUGUAAAUGAUUCGGGCAUGUUUCGGAGCUGGAUUGAAGACAGAUAUUUUGUGUUUAAUUUGCCUUCCACACGAGAAAUUACCAAUAGAACAACUCGCAUCAACUUCACAACAAUCCCUUCUUAUGCUGCUCCAAGAGAGCUCUACCAAACCGCUCGGUCCACAGGCAAAGGGAUGAAUCUUACAUGGAAAUUACCUGUAGAUUCAGGUUUCAAGUAUCUUGUGAGACUCCACUUCUGUGAGCUGCAACUGAAUAAAAAAAGAGGAGACAGGGAGUUCCAAAUUUUCAUUGCUAAUAGAAUGGUCGAACCUUCUGCAGAUAUAAUUAGAUGGACUGGUGGAAACGGAAUUCCAGUGUUCAGAGACUAUAUUGUGAUGCUGCCUAAUCUAAGCCGCAAGAAGAACAACCUCUCUGUUUCUCUUCGUCCCAAGGGCAAAUCAGACCCAAUCCUGAAUGGAUUGGAGUUGUUCAAGAUCAACAAUACAGAUGGCAAUCUUUGUGGACACAACGCUAAAGCUUUCAUUGCUGCAGCUAUACCUAGACCACCAGAUAAGCUAGCUAAGAAAUCCAAGAACACGAAGACAAAAAUCGUUGUAAUUAUUGUUGGAGUUACAACUGUAGUGAUCAUAGUGUUACUGCUUGUGGGCUUCACAAUUUGCUGGCAUUGGAAAAGAGCAAGAUUCGAUGAGGAGAAUAUGAAACCUCAGCCAGAAGGAAUUUGCCGCCGGUUUGCAGCUGAAGAGAUCAGAAAUGCCACCAACAACUUUGACAGAGCUCUGGUAAUCGGUGAUGGUGGGUUUGGUAGAGUAUUCAAAGGUAACAUUGAUAGUGAAAAUACACCAGUAGCCGUCAAGGCUCUGAAGCCAACUUCAAGCCAAGGGUCUCGGGAGUUCUGGGCAGAGAUUGAAAUGCUUUCAAAGCUCCGUCAUCCGCACUUAGUGUCUCUGGUCGGAUACUGCAAUGAUGAACGGCUUAUGAUCCUCGUCUACGACUACAUGGCCCAAGGAACACUCCGUGAUCAUCUUUAUCAUACGCAUAAUCCUCCAUUGUCCUGGAAACAAAGGCUAGAGAUUUGCAUUGGUGCUGCUUAUGGCAUAAAAUACCUUCACACAGGUGCAGAGCAUAGUAUCAUCCAUCGGGAUAUCAAGAGCUCCAACAUUUUACUUGAUGAGAAGUGGGUCCCCAAGGUUUCUGAUUUUGGACUCUCCAGAUUGGGCCCUACAAGCAUGUCUCGCAGCCACGUCACCACAGAUGUGAAGGGUACAUUUGGGUAUUUAGAUCCUGAGUACUAUUUUACCAAUCAUCUGAGUGUAAAAUCUGAUGUUUUUAGUUUUGGGGUAUUGUUAUUCGAAGUAUUGUGUGCCAGACCAGCAGUGGAUAUGAGGCUAGAGGAGGAGCAACAUAGCUUGGUUCUGUGGGCCAGGACGCAUGUUAAAGAAGGAACCCUUGAUCAGAUUAUUGAUCCCAGUCUGACAGGUAAAAUUGCGCCAGAGAGUUUGAAGGUGUACGCAACAAUUGCAGCCAAGUGCUUGCGAGAGCACAGAAAUGAAAGGCCUACAAUGUCAAAGGUGUUGAGGAAACUUGAGCUUGCAUUGAGGCUGCAGGAAUGCGCUGAUGCUGCAGCGGAGGUGGGAAUUUUGCAUAGUGAGCUAAGUUCGCUUCGUGGGAAUAGGGACAACAGUGGUUGUAUAGUGCAUUCUUGUCCAGCAAUUUGGAAGAAAACUUUAUCUCCAAGGGAGCCUUACAGAUUUUUCAGUGACAGGGCGAGAGUUAAUAAUAAGCUGGCCAAACCAUCUUCUUUACGUGGGCUCAGGGGUUUAAUUUUUGCAAUUCUCGGAUAUAAGUCCUUGUCACGUGAGAAAGGGCAAUCGACAUGUUCAAGUACGUGUGAGCCAGAUUUGACAUCAGAGAAAAUGUUGAUAGAGAUUAUGGCCUCUCCACCUGCAGAUCAAUAAUGGUUAUGUUAUGUUAGUGGAAAAGAGAUGUUUCAGAGAAUCAAAUGUUUAUAAUUAAUUAAUUAAGAGGUUUUAUGUUUCACGUAAAGAACUAAUCAAUAUGUGCACUGGUGAUAGAAAAUGAGGUAAAGUAAGGGAGUGCUUUCACUUUCGAUUUUUUGCUUUACUUGAAACAAAUCAUUUACAAUUUAAGUGCGCUAUGGAUUCUUUUUCUUCUGA